GCGCCGCCCCUCCCGCCCCGCAGCCCUCGGGCCGGGGCUCCGUUCCGGGCUCGGGCCGUUGCAGCGGCCGCGACACGUGGCGCGGCGGGGCGGCCCCGCUGGCGGCAUGGCCGCGGCGGCCGAGGCGGCGGCGGGCGGCGGCGGGAGCAGCCGCCACGAGAAGAGCCUGGGGCUGCUGACCACCAAGUUCGUGUCGCUGCUGCAGGAGGCCAAGGACGGCGUGCUGGACCUCAAAGCGGCUGCCGAUACCCUUGCUGUGAGGCAGAAGAGAAGGAUCUAUGAUAUCACCAAUGUUUUAGAGGGGAUUGAUCUCAUUGAGAAGAAGUCAAAAAACAGCAUUCAGUGGAAAGGAGUAGGUGCUGGCUGCAAUACAAAAGAAGUCAUAGACAGGCUGAGGUAUCUGGAAGCUGAAAUUGAAGAUCUAGAGCUAAAAGAAAAAGAACUGGAUCAGCAGAAACUGUGGCUUCAGCAAAGUAUCAAGAAUGUCAUGGAUGAUUCUACAAACCACCAAUUUUCAUAUGUCACCCAUGAAGAUAUCUGCAACUGCUUCAAUGGAGACACACUUCUAGCAAUUCAAGCACCUUGUGGUACACAGUUAGAAGUACCUAUACCCGAAAUGGGACAGAAUGGACAGAAGAAGUACCAGAUCAAUCUUAAAAGUAGUUCAGGACCUAUCCAUGUGCUGCUUAUAAAUAAAGAAUCGAGCUCCUCCAAGCCCAUGGUGUUUCCCGUUCCUCCACCUGAUGACCUUGCACAGCCCCCAUCUCAACCUGCAGCUCCAGCGACUCCCCUUAAACCUGCUACAGCUCCUCAAAAUCCACCAGAACACCAUGAUCUGAGCCAAGGGCAGGAGCUACCACAAACAUCAGUUGCAGACACGCCAUCAGAUGGGAGUGUGCAGCAGAACAGUACAACCCCAGCAGCUCCUUACUCCAACCUUCCAGAGUCAGUGCUGUACCCCAGCCUUUCAGGAGAUGUCGCCCAAGCUACAGCUAGCUCAAAUGACUACCAGAGCUUGUUGCCCCUGGACGUUAACUGUAUUCUCAAGCCAAACUCAUUCGACAUAGCAAAGAUGGAGGAGCCCACAGGAAAUAUCAGUGGGGAUAUUAUUGAUGAACUCAUGUCUUCUGAUGGUCUGGCCAACAAUGUCUACCAGAUUUUGCUAUGGUAUUUAAAGAAACUUCUAUGACUGUAGCAGACCAGGAUGUGUACCAGGUCCCUGGACACCUCAGCCUCACGUACCAGCCCAAGUCUACCUUCAGAAGUUAUUUCAGCAGAGAUGCUUGCUUUCAAAGAAGAGUGAAGACAUGGACAUGUGCCAUGCUCUGGGGACAGUAAUCUGUGGUAGAGGAGCAGGAUGGAUGCAAGGGGGCAUAAACUCUUUCACCGCUGCAAAGAAGUAAGAUUUAGUUGAUCUCAGCCCUAACACCUGUUGUUUCUGAAGUACCAAGUCUGGAACAGGAUCACAGCCAGACAAUGGCCUAUUACAUUGCAAGUGUUCCAGAAGCACGCUCAUGCGUCUUCAGGCAACCCCAAAUUUCAGGAUAACUACUGCUGUUCCACAGGCUACCCCUGUAAUUCACCUCUCAGCAAUUUACACAGGCAAAAGCAAACUGUGAAGUUACACGUAUUAGUUUUGCUUUCAAAGCUUACAUAAUUUCAGAGCAUGUACACACUAACAAUAAUUCCAUUUAUUCUGAGUGACCAAGAGAACCAGCAGCGGCAAGAGGCUGAUAUAACAAGCCUACUCAGAUUAGCACUUCAACCCAUAAUAAACUGGAUGGUGACUCCAGAAAUACAGACUCGGCUCCUAGCUCAAAUCAGAGUGGAUGGGACUAUGGGCAUCACUAUUUACAAAGAUAUUUGGCUUCCCAUCAGGGCUCGUUACCGUUUUCCAGCUUCACAAGAGUGCUGAAAGGAUCCAGCCAGUUUUACUACCUGAUCUCCUCAGCUACUCUGGCAAGACUCCUUCAGAGAAAGAGGCUCUGUAGCUGGCAUGUGUAUCUAUAUCAAAAGUUGUUUGAGUAGUUAAAAUGGGCUUUUAUCUAUUAAAGAAUAAACUUAUUUUAACAAAUUUUUCUGAGCAUCUUCCUAUACUCCUUAAUGAUAAGUAAAUUCCCAAAGACUUAAUGAAUUAAGUAAUACAGCUUCAAACAUACAGAAUAAAAUUUUACUCCUAAUAAGCUACUGACUUUUCAUGAGUAAGUUUUUUAAACCUGUUUCUCUCUUUAUUAUACAGAACCCUCUAGACUUAAGUGGAGAUGUGACGCCAGCAACAUGAAAUUGCUUAUUUCCAAAGUUUGUUACGUUUCUGUCUGUCUACCAGAUUAACUUGUCAAGUGGCUUUAGCCUGUUGGGGAAGAUUUGAAAGGGCCUUUUUUUAGAGCUGCUACUUAACUCUGUUUGCCCAGCAGACUGCAACCAAAUCUAAUGGGAACAAUAAGUCACUAACUUCAUGCUUUUAUUAUCAGAUGCCUUUCUAGAGGGACCAGCUGAACUCUCAGCAGAUCACACAGCUCAAGCUGAAGGCAGGGUUUGACAAGAAUAUGACUUGCUGCUAACAAGAGGAAAACUCUUGCUUAUAUCACCCCCAUCCCUCUUUCCCUGCAUCACUGCCAGACAUACAACCUACUCUCUCCCUCCCCUGGGCUGAGGUGCGCUCUGGACACAAAAAUGGCAGAACGUUAGUUUUGCUUGUUUCCUUUUGCAUUGCUUUAGUGUUAAUCCAGCUCACAGAAGGGUCUGCAGAAUAAAAUAGCCCAUCUAAGGGGCGCAAAGGGGGAAGAGGGGAAUUAAGAGUAAAACAUAGGGCAGUGUGUGCUCUUAGAUCUGUUCACUGCAUCUCACUGAUGUGGUUUUACUUGACAGCUGAGAUGAAUGAACAGUUACUGGCUCAGAAAAGGCUCCCUCCUUUCUGGUUCUUCCCCCCCUAAAAUGUUUCCCUUUGAACUCAUCCAUAAUUAAGUUUGUUCAACUCGCCAACCCAUCACAGAAAAAUGCAAAAUACAAUUUUAAUUGCUUCUGCUGCUGAUUUAGCAAGUCGAAUUGCCUAGUAUGCAAUGCGCUCCCGAGCCAGCAUCGAGGAGAGCUGUGGGAACAAACAGAGCCCAGGCCUGGAGAAGGGGGCUGGGGUCGGGAACACGACGGAGAGGAGCAGGACUUCCCCUUGCAGUAUCUGUGCCUGGCGGUUUGGGCCAAGCCAUUUUGUUAGGCCAUACCCCGAAUGACACCAGCAGCGACGCUGCCAAGUGUGGUCUAGCAAAGGGACACGCGCUGAACCCCCGGCGCUGUCCCCAGCGUCGCGUUCCCCGGGCCGCCCUGAGGUGCCAUCGGAGACUUUCCAAACGGCCCCCGCUCCAGGGGAACAGCUCGCGG